AUGACCUCCGGCACCACCACGGUGGUCCUGCCUCCUGUCAAGAGCGUGGUGGUCUACCGCAAUGGUGACCCCUUCUUCACAGGGAGGCGAUUCGUGGUCAACCAAAGGCAGGUCGCCUGCAUGGAAGCCUUCCUGAACGACGUGACCCAGAACAUCCAUGCUCCUCUGGCCGUGAGGACCCUCUACACCCCCAGGAACGGACACCGCAUUCGGGAGCUGGAGGACCUGCAGACGGGUUCCCACUACGUGGCGGCUGGAUUCGAGAGGUUCAAGAGACUGGAUUAUUUGAAUACAGGCGUGAAGAAACCUCAAAUCAGCAAAUUAGAGGUAAGAGAGAGAGUUUUCGUAUUGUUUUGUUCGCUACAGGCAAGACCACCCUUGAGACCAAAUGUGUCUGCCAGAUGGAGGAAGAUCAUCCCCAUUCCAUGCAUCAUACAUGUGUUCAGGAAUGGUGAUGUGCUGGGCUCUGCGUUGAGGUUCAUCUUACCCAGGAGCAUGCUGAGAGACCUGGAGCAGGUGCUCUGCCUCAUCACAGAGAAGGCUGCUCUACGGACCGGAGCCGUCCGCAGGCUGUGCACUCUGGACGGGGUGACAGUGACGUCAGCGCAGGAGCUGGUGAGUGGCCAGUGCUACGUUGCCGUGGGAACAGAGAAGUUCAAGAAGCUUCCUUAUUUGGAGGUGUCGCUGCCAAAAGCUGCAGGGGGCAGCGCAGACAGGUUUUAUCCACUGAACCGCAGACAACAACAGAGGAAAUAUGAGAACAUGAUGGCCGGUCCUCAAGACACACACAGUGAUUCUGCCCUUUUGGACUCACCCGAGAUGGACGGACGGAGGGUGAAGUCCACAGGGGAUGAGGCGGAGGAGAGGAGCCCAGGCAUGGUGCAGGGUCUGAGGAGCGUCAGAGAGGAGAAGUCCGUCUUCUACGCUAAGCCUGUGAGGGUGCGGAAGAACCCCAGCACACAACGAUUUAAAGCCAGACCUCCACCAGCGGCUCCCCCUUCCAGCGUGUUCCAGGCCCAGAGGGGCGAGAGGAGAGAGGAGGUGCGGGGAGCGCAGGAGGUGGAGGAGGACGAGAACAUCAUGGUGGACGUCCCUGUAGACCAGAGAGUUGCUGAGACGGUGGAGGAGGAGGAACGACAGAGGAAGGAGGACACCCUGGAGACAGGCCUGGAGGAUCAGGGACGAGCGGAGACACCAGAGAAGGAAGACUCAUCUGAGAAAAGCAAUCCUCAAUGUGACCCAGAGGUGAAUGUGCCAGUGGAUGUCUCCAGAGUGAUGCAGACCCCUAGCCCUAGUAGCCCGCCUCCCACUCACACAGACACCUGUGAGGAGCCCUCUGCUUCACCUCAUCACCAACCACAGGAUCAGAGCUCUCCUGCUCCAGAUGACAGGCCUGCCUCCCCAGGCCCACAGGAGAACACCAGAGAUGACACCUCAACCCACUCUGAGCAGAAAACACCCCGGGGUUCUGAGGCCGGCUGGAACACCUCCUCUGUGCCUCUGGACAAGAGCCUGGCCGAGGCAGACUCACAGGAGAGGCCUGUGUCCUCCGAAAGGAGCCGGGAGUGA